AUGUCCAUCCAUAAAGUCCUCAUCCUCGGCGCCACGGGCUCCGUCGGCGCCCCCAUCCUCACCGCGCUCCUCUCUUCCCCCUCCCUUAGCAUAACAAUCGGCACACGCAGCAACUCCACCGCCACCUUCCCCCCGGGCGUCCCCGUGGAAACCAUCUCCCCCGCCUUCACAACCGCAGAACUAACCACCCUCUUCACGGGCCGAGACGCCGUCGUCGUCGCCCUCUCCACCGCCCCCGUCACAGCCGGGGGCAAAGACGGCCUCGCCUUCCGCCUCAUCGACGCCGCGCUGGCCGCGGGCGUAAAGCGCUUCAUCCCAAGCGAAUUCGGCGCGAACAACCUUGAUCCAAGGGCAAGGGCGCUGGUACCAACAUACGACAUCAAGGGCGACAUGCUAUCCUACCUCAUCGAGACCUGCGAAAAGAGCAAAGGAAAAAUGACGUGGAGUAGCAUCUGCUGCGGCAGCUGGCUGGACUGGGCGUUGGAUCCAUCUCUAUCCGGGAACUUUCUGGGCAUUGAUGUCAAGGCGAGGAAGGCCACGGUGUGGGAUUCCGGUAACAACAAGUUUGCGGUUACGUCUAGCAAGAAUACGGGGAAAGCGGUUGCGCAGGUGCUGUUGAGGCCCGAGGAGACGGCGAAUAAGCAGAUUUUUCUGUGCGAUUUUAUGGUUAGUGCUAGGGAGAUUGUGGCGGCGCUGGAGAGGGUGAGUGGGGAGGCGUUUGAGGUGGAGAGGGAGAGUCAAGCGGAGAUUGAGGCGUUGAAGAAGAAGUAUGAGGGUGGGGAUGCAAGUGCCACGUUUGGGUUGCUAGCGCUGAGUUUCGGGGCGGAUGUAGAUGUGGGCUAUGAUUUCCCGGCUGAGCAUCAGGUGUGGAAUGAAAAGUUGGAGUUGCCCAAGGUUACGCUGGAGGAGUUGGUGGAGGAGGCUGUGGAGUUGGCGAGGAGGUCGUAG